CUGAGCUCUGACCAGUCAAACACACUCUCCUUCCUUAUAUGGCAGCCGAUCUCCAUGGUAACGUGUGCUAAGUUGCAGCAGUCGUGUCAAAGUUCACUAUAUAGAGAGCUCAGUGAGCUGAUCAGAGAGAAAGCAUUCUGCCAGCCCGGCUCCUACCAAUCGCAAAUCACUUCCUAACCUCCGCCUUUUUAACAUAUUUGAUCACUUUGAUUCUCUACUCCUUUUUUCCCUAUUAUUUUUCGGUCCACGGAGGAGGUUUUGCAGGUUGUGAUCCUUGUUUUUUUUUUUUUUUUUGGUUUUUGGUUUUUUAGUGCUUUCGCUUUUUUUUUGGUGGUGGUGGUGGUUGGUUGGUUGGUUGGUUGGUCGGUUCGGGGGGAGAAGAGAGUUUGUCUUCAUAUUCCAGAGCUCCUCCAGAAAAAAAAAGAGAAAACAUUUGGCUUCAGCUUGCGCGCUCGCUGGCGCUACCUCACAGGAAGAAAAGGGAAGAAGACGCGAUUUUUUUUUUACCCAGUUGGUGAUUUUUUUUCUUCAAGACUUGUGCUGGAACUUGAUAGUAGCUGCUUACCAGUGUUGUGUGUGCUCCACCAAUUGUUGUAUGCUGCUCGCAGGGCUCGGUCUCCACCAAACCUGCUCCAUCCGUCCACUGACUAGUCCAUGCUACCUCGGUUGGUGAUUUUUUAAUAUUUAGACUACCUUUCCCAUUGAUGGGUGUGCUGGAUGGCUGACUGUAAGCGCCCCUGGACUUGGCCUUUAAGCGCAAGGCAGCGACUCAGCUCGCCAUCGCAUCAGUUUUGAAAACGUGCUUCGCAACGUCCUUCCAACAGCAAUAAAUCGACAGUUUUUUUUUUUCCUCGGGAGAUCCAGAGUGGAUUCAUCGUAGGCUAGAUUUGACAUUUGUGUGUGUGUCCCCCGGCUGUUAAUCACAGUUUACCGCGAUUUCCUUGAGACAUUCUUCCACCGCGACACCAAAACGGCAGACAAAAAGUUUCUUUACGUUGACUGAUAGAUAUGGCAAUGGUAGUGUGGAGAGGCUCCCAGGACGAUGUGGCUGACACCCAAGGCACCCUUUCCUCGCAGACCCAAGGAGGACUAUCUCUUCCCACCCCUCAACCAGGCCAGUUGAAUCUGACAGCCUCUCAGGUCGCCCCUCCGACCCCUCAGACUCCGGUCCAGGGACCCCCGAACAACACACAGUCCACGCCGACGAACCAGACGACGCAGCAGUCGGAGAAGCAGCCGCAGCACAUCGAGUGCGUGGUGUGCGGGGACAAAUCCAGUGGCAAACACUACGGCCAGUUUACUUGCGAGGGGUGCAAAAGCUUCUUCAAACGGAGCGUACGACGGAACCUCACUUACACAUGCCGUGCCAACAGGAAUUGUCCAAUCGACCAACACCACCGCAAUCAGUGUCAGUACUGCCGCCUCAAAAAAUGCCUUAAAGUCGGCAUGAGACGGGAAGUUUCUCUUUUUACUGCAGCCGUGCAAAGGGGACGGGUGCCACCCACACAGCCACACCACGGUCAGUUCGCCUUGACAAAUGGAGACCCGCUGCACUGCCAUUCCUACUUAUCCGGAUAUAUCUCUCUUCUGUUGAGAGCGGAGCCCUACCCGACGUCCCGGUAUGGCAGUCAAUGCAUGCAGCCCAACAACAUCAUGGGCAUCGAGAACAUUUGUGAACUAGCAGCCAGGAUGCUCUUCAGCGCCGUGGAGUGGGCCAGGAAUAUUCCCUUCUUUCCAGACCUUCAGAUCACCGACCAGGUGGCUCUGCUGAGGUUGACGUGGAGUGAGUUAUUUGUGCUCAACGCCGCGCAGUGCUCCAUGCCCCUGCAUGUGGCUCCUCUCCUGGCGGCGGCUGGCCUUCACGCCUCCCCCAUGUCCGCGGACAGAGUGGUGGCCUUUAUGGACCACAUUAGGAUCUUCCAGGAACAAGUGGAGAAGCUGAAAGCUUUGCACGUUGACUCUGCCGAAUAUAGCUGCUUAAAGGCAAUUGUGCUCUUCACCACAGAUGCUUGUGGCCUCUCAGAUGUGGCCCAUGUGGAAAGUUUGCAGGAGAAGUCCCAGUGCGCCCUGGAGGAAUAUGUCCGGAGCCAGUAUCCCAACCAGCCAACACGGUUUGGGAAGUUGUUACUCCGCUUGCCUUCCCUCCGCACAGUCUCCUCCUCGGUCAUAGAACAGUUAUUUUUCGUCCGAUUGGUAGGUAAAACCCCAAUUGAAACUCUCAUCAGGGAUAUGUUGCUUUCGGGGAGCAGUUUUAACUGGCCUUACAUGUCAAUUCAGUAAACCAAGAAGGAGACGAACAAACAAAAGGUGGGGUUGUGUGGGGGGGAGGAGGUGGGGGGGCUGCGAGACUACAAUGAUUAUAGCUGCUUUUGUGGAAGGAAUAAAAAACCCAACCGGCUGUUACACGGGGCUGGCUUUCAUGAAGAAAGACAUUGACGUAAAUGACUGUGAAUUCCCCCCCUUACUCCAAAAAAAAAAAAAAAAAAAAAAAAGAAAAGAAAAAAAAAUUGAGACAUCCACUGAACUUUCAAAAUGGCAGAUACGUGCUCCCAGUGUUCAUGCAGGACAACCUGCUUCGAUUCAUUUUUUUUUUAAUGAAAGAAGAAAAAUGAGGAAAAAAAACGGAUGUGGGGACUUUGUCGAAUCCUCGUUUAAGGAAAAAUUUAAGUAUUAAGUGCAUUUAAAAAUGAUAAAUUUGGGUAAAAAGAAAAAAAAACUGGAGAAAGGGAAAAUGCGGAUACAAACGUGAAUUUUUUCUUUUUUCUCAAAGAUGACUUGUCCUGUGUCCAUGUAUAGCUGUGUUUUUGUACUUUCUUUGUUCCUCCUUUCUGGUUCCAAACCGGCCUUUUGUGAUUUCUGUAGUACAGGUGGUUGUUAUUUUCUAAGACGAUGAUUUUAUUUUGAAAAAAAGGUGAAAUAAUGUUUAAAAAAAAAAAGUUCUAAAAAGAAUUAAAACCACAGCAAUAGGAGUAUAGGCUUAUAAUCUAGGCUUAAUGCUGCAAGCGCACUUAUAUUCUUAGGAUGACCAAUACCAUCUGGGGAGAAAAAAAGGGAGGUUUUUAGAGUUCAUGUUCAACUUUAUGACCUUUAUGAAACUUUUUUCUUUUUUUUCUUCCUUUUUUUCUUUACUAAUAUGAAGUUACAGGAUCAACUUUUGUUUCCCAAAAAUUCUUAGCCGACAAAAAUAAAUAAAUAAAUAAAUAAAAUAAAGUCUUCCCCAUUUCAUUAACUUCUGAAUAUCUGGCACCAGUCCCCCGCCCCCCACACCAACCCAACCCUUCCUCUGAUUGGACACAAUUUAAAAUAAUCCUACAAGUUGUCUCAACCUGCUUGUCAUCUGAGACAGGUUGCUCUCCGAGUGCGUCAUCUGCGCCACCUCGCAACUGCACCGGAAGUUUCAACUGAGAUGUCUUUUUUGUUUGUUUGUUUUUUUCUCUAAAUUGGAAGAGGUCAAGGGUCAUAAAAGUUUGAAGCCUAGCCCGAGUAAUGUUUAAUAGCAGUAUUAUUAAAGACGUCCCCCUGAAAAUGUCACCCUUUAUUCACUUCAAGCAUUAAGUGCCUGACGAGCAUGAUGUGAUUUCUUAUCAGAACGAUGUUAAAAAGUAGGCCUGCAACAUUUCUCUUUUUUUCUUUUUUUUUGGGAGGGGGGGGGAACACAAUUAGAUUUUGAAGAAAAACUUCAGUCGUGUUGUUCCACUUGAGGAAGAAAAACACCGAUUAGAGGCAGUAUUCUUGUAAAUAUAGGUCAAUUCAUUUCAACGAGUUUUUUCCUUUAUACAAAGUAUAUGUGAUUAAGAAAAAUCUGUGGUUGCCAUUUUUUUUCUUUCUCUCGGUAAUACAACGUCUUCAAAAUUGAGUGGCAGACUUAGCUAGUAGCACUGAAAGUUAUGUUUUUAAAUGUAUAUACAUAUUACUACGAAAAAUGUUUUCUUUUUCAUGUAUAUUUAGACUGUGAAUGCAUGGCCACAGGUCGCUAACCUAUUUUACCUUUGAUAUAUAAAUGUAAAUGUUUUCUCUCUCUCUUUUUUGACUGUAUAGAUAUAAUCUGUGCAUUCAGUACACUAGCCCUUGUAUUUAAAAAGAAACAAAAAAAGUGGAAAAAGAACAAGUGAAACGAUCGUUCAUUAUUAGGCUACAGACUUUAAAAACAGGGUGAGCAGGUUUUGGAGAAGGAAAAAAAAGAGGAGCUGAUAUUUUAACUUUAGUGUUAUUGCUCCUUCCUUUUUUUUUCUUUGGGUCUUUUGACAGGUGCCGUGGGUGUGCGUGAGAGAGAGAGAGCGCGCGUGCGUGCGCGCACGUGUGUAUGUGUGUGUGUGCGCGCGUGUGUGUAUUUGGAAGCUAGCAAUUUUGUUCCUUGUUUCGAGGCUUUUCUUCAACACACACAACAACAACAACAUCAACAACAACAAAAAAAGGAAACACCAUGUUGUGGUUGAAUUAAAAGGGAUCACUGAUUGAACACUGAUCUUUGGCUGUUCGUGGCCACAUAUGGACCAGAGAAUGAUACAUGAUUGUAAUUAUGAACAGUUUAAACUGACCCACGUUUUUAUAUAAAUAUAUAAAAAUAUAUGACUGCAGGGUAUUGAUAACGUAUAGAUACUUUUUUUAUGAUUAUUAUUAUUAUUAAUUGCAAGUGAUAUAUGUGAGUGUGUGUGAAAGUUUAUAGUUGAACACAAUUCUUGUUUGUUUGUGUUAGCUUAUUGUAAACAAGCAUUCUGCUGUAAAUUUGUUCUUGGUAUUAAAUUAUAAUUUAUGAAUUUGAAAA